AUUAGAAAUAUUAGAAAUAUCAGUGCAUUUAAAAAGGUUUCUUACUGUCUAAUACCCCAGAAUAAUCCUUCUUCUUUAUUAUUAUUAUUAUUAUUAUUAUUACUACUACACUAAACUAUAUACACAUUAUAACACAUUAUAUGUCAUAUUAAAAGUAUCCAUUUUACUUAUGCAAUAUACCUAUAAAUCACGUAAAUCACUUUUUAUUACAUAAAACAUUAUGUAAAGUGAUAUUUAGGCAUACAUAAUGUCCCACAUAAACGGUUUAGAUAGAGAUAUAGGACAACCACAUACAGGUACACCAAAAAUAAAUAAAUAAAUAAACUGUUACGAAACCCGUUUUAUCGUGACACUCAUCUGUCUUGAACUUCGCAGCGGACGCACGCAGUAAUGCGUCAUGACGCACGGCGCAGAGGAAUGACGUCAGGCACAGUCGACGGCGCUGCUCUUUAUGUUUACUAGCCUCUUUGCGUUUACUAGCCGUCCAGAUCGUUCAGAGAUGGGUCAAAUGUGGAUUAGGGAAUGACCGAUGUGGGCUUUUAAACAAUAGCAUGGACUGGUAGAUGCUUUAGCGAAGAGAUUUGGCGGCUCCCGAUUUCUGCAAACAUGAACAAAGGUUGGCUGGAGUUAGAAAGCGACCCGGGGUUGUUCACACUCUUGGUGGAGGACUUUGGAGUGAAAGGCGUUCAGGUCGAGGAGAUCUAUGAUCUUCAGAGCAAAUGUCAAAGUCCUGUCUAUGGCUUCAUCUUCCUCUUCAAGUGGAUCGAAGAGCGAAGAUCUCGGCGCAAAGUCUCCACGCUGGUGGAUGAAACCUCGGUCAUCGACGACGAGAUCGUUAACGACAUGUUCUUUGCUCACCAAUUGAUCCCAAACUCCUGUGCCACUCACGCUCUUCUGAGUGUGCUCCUGAACUGCAGCGGCGUGGAGCUGGGAAUGACUCUGAGCCGUAUGAAGGCUUUCACCAAGGGCUUCAGUCCCGAGAGUAAAGGUUACGCCAUUGGAAACGCUCCUGAGCUGGCAAAAGCCCACAACAGCCACGCCAGACCGGAGCCGCGGCACCUGCCAGAGAAACAGAACGGCAUCAGCGCCGUGCGGACGAUGGAGGCGUUUCACUUCGUCAGCUACGUGCCGAUCAAAGACCGGCUGUUUGAGCUGGACGGUCUGAAGGCGUAUCCCAUCGACCACGGGCCGUGGGGUGAGAACGAAGAGUGGACAGAUAAAGCCAGGCGGGUCAUAAUGGAGCGAAUAGGACUGGCCACUGCUGGAGAGCCCUACCAUGACAUCCGGUUCAAUCUCAUGGCGGUGGUUCCAGAUCGCAGGAUAAAAUACGAGUCCAGGCUGGAGAUCCUGAAACGGAACAAGCAGGUUAUUCUGGAAGGGCUCCAGCAGGUUAGGGAGAAAAAAGUAAUUCGAAUGACCCAACAAGAUUCAGGCCAGGAUCGAAAGCAACAAGACUCCUCCUCCUCAGAAGACACGCCUCCUGCUGUGAAAAAGGAGGAGGGGCAAGAUACGCCGAUACCUUUGUGUACAGAGCAGGCCACACCCACAGAAACUCAGGAAGGUGCCGCGGCUCUCCCAAGUCCCGCUGGAAAAGUCAGACCUAUGGCUAAACCUGCCGCCUUGCCAACAGGGGGCGCUCCACCACCAGCCCCUCUACCUGUUCCCAAUCCCAUCGUCCAGCGUCUGCCAGCCUUCCUGGACAACCACAACUACGCCAAGUCGCCCAUGCAGGAAGAGGAAGAUCUUGCUGCAGGUGUGGGUCGUUCACGCCUACCUGGCCCACCACAGCCUUCUUACUCUGAUGACGAGGAUGACUAUGAUGAUGAAGAGGAGGAGUGCAGCACUGCAGGUGCCACAAGCAGCAGGGUGCGAAGAAAAGUUGGUCUACGUACAAGGACCAUGGGCCGAAGUGGAGUGGGUGCGGUUGGGCCAAUGGAGGGUCAGCUAGCACUCAAUGUUUUAGCCGAGAAACUCAAGAAGGAAGUCCAAAGGAAGGACUCCAUGGCUACAACGGGUUCCACACCUCUGAACGUACGCACCGAGGGUCGCACAGGUGGGAUCAGCAUCACCUCAGCCUGUCAGCCGUCACCAACUCCCAGUAACGAAAGCACGGAUACGGCCUCGGAAAUCGGAAGCGCAUUUAACUCACCACUUCGCUCGCCCGCAAGAUCCCAAGCUGCUACACGGCCCUCCAGCCCUGUGGUGCCCCAUUUGAGCCGUGUGCUAUUUGGAGAAGAAGAGGGGCUGCUCAGGUUAGAUGCCCGACACAAUCGAGCCGUCCGGGACUUGGGAGCGCUAGUGAGCUCCACGAUGCUGCGACUGCAAGAGGAUGGCGUUAUGUAUGCCUUGCCAGCAUCAGAAACGUUGGAAGGAUUAAAGAAAGCAGGUGGUGUGGAGAAGAAAGAGAAAGAAGAAGCAGCUGGUCCAGGAGGAGAGGAGGAAGUGAAGGAAGGACCAUCAGUGGAGAUGAAACGGGAAGAUGUCAAGGAGUCAGUGGACGUGAAACCAGACAAGGAGAACCUGCCAUCCACCAACACUGAAACCAGCACCAAACCUCCUGGAGAAAAAUACACCCCUAAAGAGUUGCUGGCCUUGUUGAAGUACGUGGAAGCUGACAUUGCCAACUAUGAAGUGUGUCUGAAAGAAGAAGUGGAGAAAAGGAAAAAGUAUAAGAUUGAUGACCAAAGGAGGACUCAUAACUAUGAUGAAUUCAUCUGCACCUUCAUAUCAAUGCUGGCACAAGAAGGUAUGUUAGCGAGUCUGGUGGAGCAGAACAUCUCCGUGCGUCGCAGACAGGGUGUAAGCAUUGGCCGGCUCCACAAACAACGGAAACCGGACCGGCGGAAACGUUCUCGACCGUACAAGGCCAAGCGCCAAUAAAUGCUAAAAUGGUGGCAACUCGACCACUCAAUCUUUUUGAAACAUUGUCCAGAGACUUUUCUGAAGACAAACAAUACCAAACACCUCACUGACUGACAGUGUUAGAUAUUAAGAGGGUUUUUUUUUUUUUUUUUUUUAAAUCAAGCUUUGUUUCAAAUAAUAAACCAUUUACAAGUACAUCACCACUUCUAAACCAAAUUGGUGAUGCUCAGAAGAUGUUUAGAGAUACUUUUCAUGCUGCCAUUACUUCAUGUACUGUAUCAAGCUAAUUAUAAAACCAACAAUCAUUAGAGCACCAUACUGGGAAAAUGACUGACUAGCUUGACUGAGUAUUGGGCUGAACUGAUUUAAGCUCUAAAUGACAAAGAUUCCAAGGAAUAUAUUUUCAGAAAUCCCAAAUAUCUAGUCAUGGUCCUACCAAAGAUAAUGGCUCCCCAAAUCCAUUCUAACAGUGCAGGGGAUGUCUGUUGUUAACAAAUGGACCAGUUGCCAAUCUGGAUGGGAUUCUAGAGAUAUGCUUUCCGAAGUUCACCACAGUUUUGCUCAAAAUAUUAACGGACAAAAAGAAUAUGUUAAGACUGUAAACCUGAGUUGCUGUGCGAAUGUGUAUUGACUCAUGUCAUACAAAUCCCGCAAGAGUUAAAUAGAGGGUUUUGGUUGAAGUUUACUUGUUCUUCACAGUUUUCUUGAUGAUUGUUUUUAUUGGUAAGGAAUAGGCCAGUGGGCUUUGUCUCAGACAUGUUUCUGUUUGUUUGUACAUAUGUAUUUGUGUAUUACCUGAUGUCUACCCAGGACUAUCAGAUCUAGAAAUUGAAAUAAAUGUUUCGAAUUACAA